CCAUUUAAAAAUGAGAACAAGUGAGAAGUCCAGGAGUCUUAGGAGUUAAUGUGAUCUUUCUGGAAAGGUAAUUCAUUCUGUCUGAGAUCCUGCCAUAGAUCUGGUUAGUUCUCAAACUGCUUUUGUUUGAACCUCAAAUUUGAUGUGAACAAACUGUCUGGGGAGAUGAGCUUACAAGAAGUCAUUUCUCGAGAAGCAAAGUGAUUUUCUCAAGGUCAGAUGGUAAGUUGUUGCCCCAAGACCUGGACUGGAAACCCAGUCUUGACUUUGGAUCCAGUGUUGCUCCUGCUAAGUGAUCUCCCUCCUUCCACAGCUUGCCUGGCUCUGCCAGGGUUCUCCUUGUAAGGCCUGCUAUCAGCGAACAUCUCCCAAGCAUCCAACCAAACACACAAGACACAAUUCAAGAAGCACUCACGCCAGUUGGGGAGAAAAGGAGACUGGGAUCCUUUCCUGGCUGAUGAAGCCUGGACAGUGAGGUUGAUUUGCCUUGCUGUAAAACUAAACAGAAAAUUGGGUUUCCCUAGAGAGGUACAAAGGUAAUUCAGCCCAAUACAAGAAUGCAUUAAGUGACCACAAGGUAACGUCAGAAGUGAUUGCUGUCAGCAGCAGGGAAGGAACUGCGGUGGGAGGACAUGCCAUGAAGCGAUAGGGCCUGGCUGAGCUGCCAUCUUGCCUUAUUCACCGGUGAGGCAGGGCAAGGUACUUGGUGGCUUGACUGCUAGGUGGGGGAUGAGAAUAAUAAUACCAGAUUCAUAGAGAUAUUGUCAGAAGAAAAUGAAAUGUCUUACAUAGAGGGUCUAAGAAGUGCCUGAUAAAACAUUAAAUGCUGUUAAUUUUCAAAUUGACUUGUCUGUCUUCUGUGUCUCCCCUCUCUGUGCUUCCCUCUGUUAGCAUGAGCCGCACCGCCUACACUGUGGGAGCCCUGCUUCUCCUCUUGGGGACCCUGCUGCCCACCGCCGAAGGAAAGAAGAAGGGGUCCCAAGGUGCCAUCCCUCCACCAGACAAGGCCCUGCACGUGACCGAGCGCAAAUACCUGAAGCGAGACUGGUGCAAAACCCAGCCGCUGAAGCAGACGAUCCACGAGGAGGGCUGCAACAGCCGUACCAUCAUCAACCGCUUCUGCUACGGCCAGUGCAACUCCUUCUACAUCCCCAGGCACAUCCGGAAGGAGGAAGGCUCCUUCCAGUCCUGCUCCUUCUGCAAGCCCAAGAAGUUCACCACCAUGAUGGUCACGCUCAACUGCCCCGAACUGCAGCCGCCCACCAAGAAGAAGAGGGUCACGCGAGUCAAACAGUGUCGAUGCAUAUCCAUCGAUUUGGAUUAAGCUGGGCACACCCAGCCUGUCUUAGGGAUGCAGCCUCAGGCAGACCCAGAGCCAGACCUAAAACGACCUGAUUCUUACUUGGCUUCAACUUACAAGCAAGAAGAACCAGCAGCUGCCUUCUGACAGGAGCCUGCUAGUGCGUAGUUUGUGUGCAUGAGUGUGCGUGGGUGUCUGGGGGGUGGCAGACACCAGAGGAGCACGCUUCCUAUUAUGCAAAAGCAUCCGCUUCCAGGGGGCUGGCACGGAAAGCCCACACUUGGGGGAGGCACGUGAAAAGGGGCGGGGCUGCGGUCAGCCUCUGCCGGGGUGUUCCACUUGUCCUCCUGGGACCAGAAUCUCCUUUCUGAAUGAAUGUUAAUGCAAGAGGCUACUCUGAGGGCAAGAGACCUGUUUUAGUGCUGCUUUAUACUUGGAAAAGGUAUUUCCACCUGCGCCUGCUUCUUCCCGUCCUCCUCCCCCUUCCACAGUCCAUCCCUUCUGAGGAUCUCAGUGACUAUUUCAGUCUAAUUCCUUCUCUGCCCGGGACUCUUAAUUAGCUCAUUCCACCAUAGACGUGACUGUUUCUCAUUUUGGGAAGGGUCUUCCGACUCCAGGAGGCUGGUGUGCGCAAAGGACAAGAGGGACACAGGAGGGAGAGGUGGGUGGGAUGGACGGGUGGGGGAACCAGUUGGGCGCAACACGAGUUCCCGCGGGAGACCUGCAGAGUCUUGAAAGGCCAACCCCCAAACAGUGCAACCCAUGCUUCAGCGAGUUUUUCCCUGGUAUUUAACAGAAACCAAGUGAACAGAGGAAAAAUGAAAUUGCCAAAAAAUCACUAACUUUGGCUGUCACUGUGAUAUGCUGACAUUGGCUGUAACACAACACCACACUUAAAACAUAAAUAUUGGCCACUCUUAUUUUCAGAACCCGGUGAGUGAGCGAAACCAAGAGGACCCCCACCCCCGACUCCGCCCCUCAGGCAGAAAAUAGACGUAGUUCAGAAACCCCUGUGCAGCGAUAGGAAGAAAACGAACACCUCAUAAGCAGAAGGUCCCCGUAUCCUUCCGUUUGCUUGGUUGUAACCACCUCUUUCCCAGCUUAUUAUUUCUGUGUAAUGCUUGUGAGAGCCACAGCCCUGUAUUAGAAAGAUUCUCCCUUUGCUGUGUCCUUGUCAGUGAACCAGGCUAAGAGGGGAGAGUUGAGGGUCUGCUCCUUUUGAGCUAGAAGUAUAUUAUGGGUCUUUUUGUUUCAGUCAUUGGUAGGAGAUUGAGCAGGGGACCAGAAGAGAAUAAAGAAAUAAAGGAGACUGCCUCUGGCUAAGGAGUAGUUUAAUACGGGGAGGAAGUGUAAAGGAUAUGUCUUCCUCAUCUUUCCUUGCCUUCUCAGGGUCUAAUGAGAAAUCCCAGUUGAGAAUCAGAGCAUUUGCGGGGGGAAAAAAUCCGAGCAUUUGGGUGCGUUAGCUGUCUCUCUGCUAGAGGUGGGAUUCGGGCAACACUGUAACCAUCCAGAACCUAUUGGUAGACCCCUCCACUGAUUAAACUCUGGCUCCUCCCCAUCCCUACUUAGGAUUUAUCUGAUGGCCAAAGUGUGGGGCAGGUGGACCUUACUGCGGUUUGGAUUUGGCUCUUUAAGCCUGAGGUUUUCUAUGUAAAUCUGUCCCCACCCCCCAGAACCCUUUUUUUGCCUUGUACCUUCUCAUCCUUGCUAGCCAAGUCACAUGUGAUAGGGAAAACAAGCACCAUUGACUUAGCAUUUUAGUUGCCCAUCUAAGGUGCCAGCAUUGCACUAAAGAGCCUGCUUUUAUUUUAUUUUAUUUUAUUUUAUUUUUUUGGUGUGGCGCUCUUCCAUCUAUCAGCUAAGCCAGAACCAUACUUUGAGGCAGAAGUUAUCUUGAACACCCAAAAUAUUGGGUCGAGUUUUGAAACUUUCGAACUCACUACUGAUGAUUCCACACGAGGCAAAUUUGCCCGAACACACAGUCCGUGUAUUUCGUGUACACUGUAUGGCCCCGCCCUUAAUCUCUCCAUCAUCCACAUCCUCCAACAAAAAAGCACAGAAUGGAUUUAAUUAAGCACACAAAUACUAAGCCAGAAUUUUGAGGGUGGGGGAGAGGAAAAGAAGGGGGAAGGAGCUGAACAUGUAAAACCACACUAGAAAGGAAAAUGACAUUCAGAACCAGCAGACACUGAAUUUCUCUUGUUGUCUUAACUCUGCCACAAGCAUGCAAUUUUGUUAAAAAGAGAUGAUUUAAGUUGGCAGCAGUAAUCUUCUUUUAGUAGCUUGUACCACAGUCUUGCAUGUAAGUCAGAUUUGGCUUAAGUAAAGAGAAUUUCCUCAAAAUUAACUUCACUGGGAUAAUCGGCAGCAUAACUACCCUGAAAAAAAAAAAAAAA